CAUGCUAUAUAUUGUUUACAAAUAAAUAGUAGACUACAAAUGCCAGAAACAGUUAUCGACCCCCAUCUAAACUGCCUUCCAUGCAGAAAGCCUCAAACUUCACAAUUCAUCAGAUGGUCUAGUAUCUGUAUCUUACUACACAAACUUGAUUACCUUUAA